AAGGAGCAAGAUCUAUUCAAUGCAAUGGGAUCAAUGCAUGCUGCUGUUACCUUCAUAGGAGUUGUAAAUGGUGCCUCGGUGCAACCAAUAGUAGCAAUUGAGAGAACAGUUUUUUAUCGAGAAAGAGCUGCAGGAAUGUAUUCAGCUUUGCCAUAUGCUCUUGCACAGGUUAUUAUGGAGCUACCUCAUAUCUUGGUUCAAGCUCUUGUAUAUGGUAUCAUAGUAUAUGUGAUGAUGGGAUUUGAGAGUACAGUACCAAAAUUUUUGUGGAAUCUGUUCUUCACUUACUUUAGCUUCUUAUACUAUACCUACUAUGGUAUGAUGACAAUGGCCAUAACUCCAAAUCCACAAGUUGCUGGCAUACUGUCUACCUCAUUCUAUGCAAUUUGGUGCCUUUUCUCAGGCUUCAUCAUUCCCUUAUCUAGAAUACCAAUAUGGUGGAAGUGGUACUAUUGGAUAUGUCCUGUUGCAUGGACCUUGAAUGGAUUGGUGACUUCCCAAUAUGGAGACAACUUGGAACCACUUGAGAAUUAUAAAAGUGUUAAAGAUUUUGUGAAUAGUUAUUUUGGAUUUGAACAGGAACAUCUAGGAAUGGCUGCAAUUUUUGUGGCUGGUUUCUCAGUGUUGUUUGCACUAUUAUCUUCACCUUUGGCAUCAAAGCAUUCAACUUCCAAAAAAGAUGAAAUAACUGCAAUGCUUAUCUUCUAAUGUUUUGAUGCAUCUGUAGGAAACAUGUUGGGAUGAAUUCCAUUCACUUUUAUAUGAAAUAUG